AUGACUAGUCUACUAGUCCUCAUGACUCCUCCUAAUACCCAAACUCCUCCUAUCACUCAAGCCCCUUCUAUUACCCAAGCUGCUCCUAUCACUCAAGCCCCUUCUAUUACCCAAGCUGCUCCUAUCACUCAAGCCCCUUCUAUUACCCAAACCCCUCCUAUCAAUCAAGCCCCUUCUAUUACCCAAACUCCUCCUAUCACUCAAGCCCCUUCUAUUACCCAAGCUGCUCCUAUCACUCAAGCCCCUUCUAUUACCCAAGCUGCUCCUAUCACUCAAGCCCCUUCUAUUACCCAAACCCCUCCUAUCAAUCAAGCCCCUUCUAUUACCCAAACCCCUCCUAUCAAUCAAGCCCCUUCUAUUACCCAAACUCCUCCUAUCACUCAAGCCCCUUCUAUUACCCAAGCUGCUCCUAUUACUCAAGCUCUUAUUAUUCAAGCUUUCCCUUUUACUCAAGCUCUUAUUACCCAAGCUUUUCGUUUUACUCAAGCUUCUUCUACCACCCAAGCUUCUUCUACUACCCAAGCUCCUCCUACCACUCAAGGUCCUCCUACCACUCAAGCUCCUCCUACCACUCAAGGUCCUCCUACCACUCAAGGUCCUCCUAUCACCCAAGCUACCACAAAUCUACACCAACAGUGGUCACAGAGGUACUGUAAUCUCGAAGAUCAAUUCAAAAGAGCACACAAGUCUAGAGAAAGAGCCUUUAUCUGUGCCUCACGCAGAAAGGACAGGAAUUUUGCUUUUCGGAUGGAGUCAGCCAGAAACGCCUCGAAAUGCCACUAUUUUAAUACCGGAUGCUGGUUGAAAUUCAACGAAGACGACGUCAGAAACUGCAGGGACUACGAAAACACUUUUGAGCUUCCUGACUACUGGAAUGAAGAAAUUCUACCGCCCACAACCUGGAAGUCCACCUGGCCGGCGCCGAAGUAUGCGACUGGUUGGUAUACGCAGCCUACACUUCCUCCGCCCAUUCCGAAGGCCAAUUUUCAAAAACUGAAAGUCGAAGACGAUGCUGUAUUACCGGUCGUCCUCUCUGGAACCCCCUGCCCCACUGGGCCACCCCCGGGUUAUGAAUUCUAUCCAAACCCCCAAACCACAGCGCCUCAACGGACAUUGAACUUCAAGCCUUGCCCGUUAUACCUAUAAAGCACUCCGUAACUGGCCAUUAACUAUCACACACUCGACAUCCUAUAAUUCGUGCUUUGGCUACUUUUUUUUGGAUGUCUUGGCUCCUUUCUGUGAUUGAUUCUCUUUAUGGAUUCCUCUUCUCUAUCUGUUAUAAUUUUUUGAUCCUCUGGAUUGUUUACUCUUCCUUUAUAUGAUUGAUACUUUUUAUAGAUUUGACUUCUCUAUUUAUCUUGAUUUUUUUGGAUCAUGUGGAUUAUUUACUCUUUUUCUAUCGAUUGAUUCUCUUU